ACCCUCCCAGACACACACACACACACACACUGCUGCUUGGGGUUAGGAAGGACGACUGAUCUGCGCCACUGGCAUGGGUUGGUCUAGCCUGGUCCUCGCCUUCACCUUCCUCACAGACGUUUCCUGAUGAGAUUGAACGGCAGUAAGCACUGCAGAAACAAAAGAAGUGGUCCUGAGCCGAAACCAGGAGGAGAAGCUUCUCAAUGACCUGAUGGCCAACUAUGACCGCAAAUUCCGCCCAGCCAAGGACGAGAGGGACAUUGUUGACGUUUCGGUCAAGCUAACCCUCACCAAUCUCAUCACACUGAAUGAGAGGGACGAGGCUCUCACCACCAACGUUUGGGUAGAACUGAAAUGGCAUGAUUACCGCCUGCAGUGGGAUGCGGCUGAUUACGACAACAUCAAGUGUUUACGAAUCCCCUCCACCAUGGUGUGGCUGCCAGACAUUGUCCUGGAGAACAACAUCGACGGGGUGUUUGAGGUCGCGCUGUACGUCAACGUCCUGGUGUCCCCCGACGGCAGCAUCUCCUGGCUCCCCCCGGCCAUCUACCGCAGUGUCUGCCCCAUUGUGGUCACUUUCUUCCCCUUCGACUGGCAAAACUGCUCCAUGGUGUUCCAGUCACAGACCUACAAUGCCCGUGAAAUCAACCUGCUGUUGACCGUCGAAGAUGAGCAGACAAUAGAAUGGAUCUUUAUUGACCCCGAAGCUUUCACAGAGAAUGGGGAAUGGGCAAUCAAGCACCGGCCAGCCAAGAAGGUUGUGAACGCUCACCACUUCACGCCAGAUGACAUAGGGUACCAGCAGAUCAUCUUCUUCCUCAUCAUCCAGAGGAAGCCACUCUUCUACAUCAUCAACAUCAUCAUCCCUUGCGUGCUCAUUUCCUCGGUUGCUGUGCUGGUGUACUUCCUCCCAGCGAAAGCUGGUGGUCAGAAGUGCACAGUUUCAAUCAACGUCCUCCUGGCCCAGACCGUCUUCCUCUUCCUGAUUGCGAAAAAGGUCCCCGAAACCUCGCAGGCGGUGCCGCUCAUUGAAAAGUACUUAACUUUCCUCUUGGUGGUUACUAUUGCCAUUGUUGUGAACGCUGUCAUUGUGCUCAACGUUUCCCUGAGGACCCCCAACACUCACUCCAUGUCUGCACGGGUCCGGGAGGUGUUUCUGAGGCUGGUGCCACGCUACCUGGGCAUGCACAUGCGGCGUGUCGAUGCACCCGUGGGGAAUCGUCUCGUCCGCCGGCGGAGCUCUCUGGGGCUCAUGGCGAAAGCGGACGAGUACAUGCUGUGGAAGGCGCGGAGCGAGCUCCUCUUUGAGAGGCAGAGGGAGCGUGACGGGUUGGUGAAGAUGCUCCUGGCGCAGAUAGGAGGCAGCUUAGAGAACGGAAGUCCCCAGGAGAUUUGCAACAGUCUGCGCCGUGCUGCUCCGGAGAUCCAGGCCUGUGUCGAUGCCUGCAACCACAUUGCUAAGACUUUGGAAGAGAAGAAGGACUUUGACAGUGAGAAUGAAGAGUGGAUCUUGGUGGGCCGGGUCAUUGACCGCGUCUGCUUCCUCUUCAUGGCCUCCAUCUUCAUUUGUGGGACGCUGGGCGUCUUCCUGAUGGCGCAGUUCAACCAGGCUCCCGCAGAGCCCUUCCCAGGGGACCCUAAGCUGUACCUCCCCUAGGAAUGAGGUGUAGGGGUGGCGGCAGCAGUGGCAGCAGCAGCGGCAACCCCUCAACGGCCACGUGUCGGCGCCGUCUCUCGACUGAAACCUCUGUGCUUGGUGGACUUCUGUGCUGGGGGCCAAUUAUGUCCCAUAGGAAUGCAAAAAGACUCCAUAUCCAUUGGUCCAUCUAUCUCAAUAUGGUCUACACUGGCAGGCAGCAGCUCUCCAGGGUUUCAGGCAGGAGUCUCCUCCAACCCCACCUUUGAAAGGGGAUCUUCUGCAUGCAAACCAUGUUCUUUAUCACUGAGCUCUGGCCCUCCCUCAAAGCCACAAAGCCUUCUUGUUUAAGUUUGUGUCUGCUAAUGUGUUCUAGCAGGUGGGCACACCAGGACUGCCUUUUUGGGUGGCUUGCAGGGUUGCCCAUCAGUGCCUUCCCAGGUUCCUCAGCCAACAGCUGAAGCUAAGAGAGGCAGACAGUAGCUGUUCCCUCCCUGUGAGACCGUUGGAAAAGCUGCAGCCUUAAAGGUAGUCCAUUACCUGGGGCUCGUCCAUUAAUCAGAUAUUUGACUGCCUUCAGGCAGCACUUCAUUCCUCUUCCCCAACAUUUGUGUUGUUGUUUAGUCGUUUAGUCGUGUCCGACUCUUCGUGACCCCAUGGACCAGAGCACGCCAGGCACCUCUGUCCUC